AUGAGUAUCAUUGCUUUGAUUAAAGUUAUUUAAAUAAAAGAAACAAUCAAAGCAUAAAUAGAAUACAUACAAAUAAAUUUACCUAUAAUUGCUUUAAAAAAUAUGAUUAUUUAAGUUGUAUUUAACAGUUCUUUCAAGCAUCAAAAUGUUGAUAACAACUAAUUCUCUAUUGAUGUUGAUGCUAAUUAGACUGUUUCGAAUUUAAAGACCCUCAUUUCUUUAAAAUUCACAGAUCUUGACCCAGAGUUUUUCGAAUUAAAGUAAGGUACAAAAACUCUCAAAGAAGAAAUAAUUUGCUUGAAUCUCUAAUAGAGUGAAGGUUCUCCUAUAAUUGUCACUGUUUUUAACUCAACAAGAACUUGUUGCACUAUCUUUUGA